AUGACGCCAAAAGAGAAGCAACCCUCUGAACCACCGUCUCCGAUUCCGACUAGUUCACUUCCCCAUGACAUCAUCGUCAACAUCUUAGCGCGUGUGUCGAGAUCGGAAUAUCCAAAACUCUCCCUCGUCUCCAAGCACUUCCGCUCGAUCCUUACGUCGCGUGAGAUAUACGCGACACGAUCCUCCUUGGGAUGCACGGAGCACUGUCUCUACGUUGUCCUCUUUAACCUAAAAACCAAGGAGAACCGUUGCUACAUUCUCCUCCGGACAACAACAAGUAGUCACCACCGCUUGGUCCUUGUCCCUUCGCUUCCCGCUCUCCCGUACGGACCGUACCCCUCAAGCUUCGCUUCUGCGGGCUCCAAGAUAUACGUCUUUGCUGACAUAAACGACAGCAACACGACGCUCAGCAUUGACUGCGAAUCUCACACCGUGCAAACUCUCCCCAGCAUCAUGCCUGAGCGCUUGUCUUAUACAAACGCUGACGUCAUCGACGGGAGAGUCUACGUCAUCGGACGUCUCUCGAAGGACUUGGAUAAGAUGAAGGUGGUGGUGUUCAACACGGAAACGCAAACGUGGGAGCCUGAGAUGACAAGGUCGGAGGUAGAGGCGGGUGACAUGUAUCAUGGGAGUGUGGUGAUGGGUGAUAAGAUGUACACUAAAGAUUUUGACAGCAGCUAUGUUUACGAGCCAAAGGAGAGGAAGUGGGAGACGGACGAGGUUAUGAACUCUAAGGAGUGGAGGUAUGGGUGCGUUGUUGAUGAUGUAUUGUACUAUUACGAAUGUGAAGAAGGCGAGGUGAAAGAGUUGAGAGCUUUUGAUGGGAAGGAGAGGUGUUGGCGAGUGGUGAAAGGUUUGGAGGGAUUGUUGAGGGAGACGAGAAGUUCAUUGUGGGCACAUACUGAGAGUUAUGGUGGGAAGUUGGCUUUGUUUUUCCCUAAAGGAGGAGAAGGAAGAAGAAGUGAGAUUUGGUGUGCGGGGAUUUCGGUGGAAAGACGUCAAGGAGGUGAGAUUUGGGGUAAGGUUGAGUGGUGCAAUCAUCUUGUGACUGGGUUUCAGAUUACUAAAACUCUAGAUGUUGUUGUUUGA